UUGCCUGGUGGUUCUUUAUUAACUGACAUCAAUCACUCGCAUCACUAGUUAGUGAUUGUCUCACUAAUGGAAAAUUAUGUCUCCUGUCGAUAUUUUGGAAGCUGAGGCCGAUUUCGCUGACAAUGCGCUUUUGAGGCAGGCCUUGGUAGUGACCGAAGUGGCAUUUGAUCUUAAAGAACGCUAUACAACUGGAGAAAAGUACAUCAACUACCUGAAGGUCUUGAUAAAUGGAGCAGAAAAAGGGGUUGACGCUCUAGCAGUGACCGCCAGAUCUUCGUUUAACGUAGCUCUGAAGUUACUGCAGUCGAAUAUUUGCAAAGAAAAAAUUUCCGAUCAGAUGAAACAUGAAUACAACAAUCUUCAAGCGAUUAUAAUUAGAGAACUGAACGCAUUUGAUCUAAGAGUGGAAGAAAUGGAAGCUGAUUUCGACCUACUAAAUUUGGACCAACUGGCUGAAAAAAUACGAUCGAUGGACACCAAAACCCCGAUUUCUGAAAACGUUUUACAACCAAACCCGUCCAGCAACAGAAGCUCCAAAAUGGAUAUCAAUGAAAAAUACCCGGAAAACAUAUCAAGAGAGUCGUUGAUCGAUUUGAACAACGUGAUCAACCUGCCUCCAGUUCCCGAAGACAUUUUUACCAGUUUCUCCAACAAACCCGUACGCACUUCAAGCUUGUCUUCAUUGAAGAGCAUGCGAAAAGUGAAGCUGUCUCUUCAAAAGGCCGAGAAUUCUGAUGAUGAAGAUAGUUCGGACACCGAUGAACACGAUUACUCUCGAAUGAUAUACGGCGACAUUGACGAGGCUAAAUUGAUCACGAGCCACAGCGCCUCUUCGAAAAAGCUUCAGUUAGGAAAUAUCAAAGAAGAAUCUCAAGAUUGAGCUGAUUUAAUGCUGUUUUGCAAAAAAUAUCUAAAUAAAACGUUAUUUUUGCGGAA